AUGGAGCAUAACGUUUCCAAAGAUCAGGUCACCACUCUCCUCGAUCAUGGCUUCUUCUCCUCCGCUCAAUUGCUCGGCGGGUUUCUUGUUUCAUCGACAAAUGCAAAUCCUGAUUUAACUCCACAGCUCAAGGCUGAGAGUUUGGUUCUUCUUGGUGAUGCAUUAUUCAAAGAGAAAGAGUUCAGGAGGGCAGUUGUCAAGUUCAGAAUUGCUUCGUCACAUUCUGCCCUGAACGAGAACAGAGCCGCUCUUAUUGAGAUGGAGGGAAUUCCUAGUAAAGUAAGGACUCUGCAGAUGAAUUUGAUGAUGGCAAAACUUUACAGAAAUACGAGGCACAUUCGCUCAGCAAUUACCUGUUAUAAGGAGUGUUUAAGACAAUGCCCUUACAUCAUUGAGGCAAUCACAGCAUUGGCAGAAAUGGGUACUGCAGCAAAAGACAUUAUUUCUUUGUUUCCUCAGACUCCAAAUAGAAGUGGGAGACCUCCUCUUGAUCAUCUUGAGUCAAGUCGCUGGCUGCAGCGGUACGUUGAAGCCCAAUGUUCUAUUGCUGCAAAUGACUAUAAAGUUGGUUUGGAACUUUUCUCAGAACUUCUACAACGCUUUCCAAAUAAUGUACACUUGUUGCUUGAAAUGGCUAAGGUUGAAGCCAUAACAGGGAAAAAUGACGAAGCAAUCAUUUACUUUGAAAAGGUUAGGUGCAUCGAUCCAUACGCUGUCACUUAUAUGGAUGAGUAUGCUUUGCUUUUGAAGUCAAAGUCUGAUCAUUCGAAGUUGAACAAGUUGGUCCAUGAUCUGUUGAGUAUCGAUCCUACAAGGCCUGAAGUUUUUGUUGCCUUGUCCAUUCUGUGGGAAAGGAAGGAUGAUAGGGGAGCUCUUUCUUAUGCCGAAAAGAGUAUACGCAUUGAUGAAAGGCAUGUGACUGGUUAUAUAAUGAAGGGGAACUUAUUAUUAUCAAUGAAUCGACCAGAUGCAGCAGUAACUGCCUUCAGAUUAGCCCAAGAGUUUAGAGCUGAUAUUCGUUCAUAUCAAGGUCUAGUGCGUUCGUAUUUGGCACUUUCAAAAAUUAAAGAGGCUUUGCAUUCUGCGAGACAAGCAAUGAGUGCCAUGCCCCAAUCUGCAAAACCCCUCAAGUUGGUUGGAGAUGUGCAUGCUAGUAGUACUACUGGGCGAGAAAAAGCAAGGAAGUUCUAUGAAUCAGCUCUAAGGCUGGAACCUGGUUACCUUGGAGCCGCCUUAGCUUUGGCUGAGCUGCAUGUCAUGGAAGGCCGAAAUGGAGAUGCUGUAACUCUCCUCGAGCGAUAUCUGAAAGAUUGGGCUGAUGAUUCCUUACAUGUUAAGUUGGCACAGGUUUUUGCAGCCACAAACAUGCUGCAAGAUUCUCUUUUGCAUUACCAAGCAGCAUUAAGGAUGAAUCCUCAUAAUGAAGCAGCCAAGAAAGGAUUAGAGCGGUUGGAGAAACAAAUGAAGGGAGUAGAUCCUGAUGCCCCCGAAGAUGAUGAGGAAAAUGAUGUAGAUGACGUUGACGGAGACCUGGAGGAGACUGAGCUUGUGUAA